UUUAUCAAAAUAUUACAUCCUUCAUAAAUUAGUUUUUCAAAAGGUACACAACGUUUCAUAUGGUGAUUCGAAAUCAAAUAUGAGUUGUAUUCGUUCAUUUCCGAAAUACAGCCCUAAACAUUUCAAUUAUGUUUGUUUUGUGGUUGUCAUAAUUUCAAUAAUGGCGACAUCUGGUAUUGCCGCCGUACGUAAGGUUGAUAUAGAUACGGAGCCAGUAAAACCAAUCAACGGUAGUGCUUCGGCAGAAAGGACAUUCGGGACGCCUUUGAGUUUAUUUGGUUAUCUCAGGCAAAAAUGGGCGAGGCUAUCUGUGGUUUCGAAAGACACUGGUACUGAUUGGUUCAAACCAUGGAAAGUUGAAGAAUGGCAAAAAUUGUCCUAAACGUCGCAAAAUCCUGAAAUAUGUCAAUAUUUUCUUUGUCAAGAUGUAAUAUCUGUGGUCAAAAUAAUAACAGAUCCUCACGUGACAUUAA